GAAAGAAAUACAACCUCAUUUACAUGGAACUGUCAACGGCGCGGCGAAGUGCGCCUCUCCUUCUAGUUCGCUCCACGCCUCACGUAGUCGGGGUGCGGGGGGCGACGGGAGAAGCGAAUCCCGUCGAGGAAAUCGAUCGCGGCUUCCUUACGAGCGAGGUUCCGAUGGCGGGGGAGGCGAGGCCGGACGCGCAGCUGUUCCAGCUCCUUUCCGACCUUCUGCAAGAGGUGGAGUCAAUGAGCAAUCAGGAAGAGGUAGAAUUGAGAGCCAAGAUUGAAGCACUAGGCCUAGAAGUCACUAAGGUUCCGGAGCAGGCACCUAAGCAACUUGAUGAGUUAGAGAUAGCUGCAGAGUUGGACAGACUGUCGGCUAGGCUCGAGAAUGUUGACAAGAUGAUAUCUUCUGCAAUGACAUCUGAUCCAGAGGUGAAAUCACUCCUGAGCAGCACCGCUGAUAUCUGGAUGCCUGUCAUCACUGCAUCUGCCGAUGAAAGGCGAGGCUUUGCGGGAACAAGCAGCGAAAGUGGCGGCCAGGAUGAGCAAGAGAAAUCCAACUAAUAAUACUUUGAGAUCUCUAAUACUUUGUAGCUUGGUCUGAACAGUUGUAUACUUCUUUGUAUCAGUCUUCUAAUACAUGUUCCUUUGCACGGGUAUCUCCAUUGCUGCUAUGUAUUUAAGUUAUCUUUGGGCAAAUCAGAAAAUAAACACACAUGUUGUUCAUGUACUAAUCAGUGAGACGUUCGAGAUGAUAAAAUCCUGUCAAACAUUGUGUUAGA